CCUCUCCGUUCCGACCCCUCCAUUGUGAGCACGCUGAACGAUGCGAGCGCCCGCAGCCGCCCAGUAGAGCGAGCGAGAGAGAGAGAGACAUCCCAUUACCCCCUCCAGGACGGAGAAAAGCCUUUUCCACGUUUCAAACCUCGCACCUUUCACCGUUUGUCCUUUUGCGGGAUUUUUAAUGCUUUAGCCGACAGGGAAAGUGAGCGAGAGAGAGAGAGAGAGAGAGGGCGAGAGAGAGAGAGAGAGAGAGAGAGAGAGCGAGCGAGAGCGCUAGGCAGCCUAGGAGAAGGGAUAAGGAAGAAAUACCGAGGAGAAAAAAACGGAUUGCUCGUUAUUUCGCUCCUUGACUAUUUCGGAGAGGGAAAAACGCCGAGGUUCGUCUAGUCAUGGGAUGUACACUGAGCGCCGAGGAGAGAGCGGCUUUGGACAGGAGCAAAGCCAUCGAGAAAAACCUGAAAGAGGACGGAAUCACUGCAGCCAAGGAUGUGAAAUUACUCCUGCUAGGGGCCGGGGAGUCUGGUAAAAGUACCAUCGUGAAACAAAUGAAGAUUAUCCAUGAGGAUGGCUUCUCUGGGGAUGAUGUGAAGCAGUACAAGCCUGUGGUCUACAGUAACACCAUCCAGUCCCUGGCAGCCAUCGUCCGUGCAAUGGACACCCUCGGCUUGGAAUACGGAGACAAGGAGCGCAAAGCUGAUGCGAAGAUGGUGUGUGAUGUUGUGAGUCGUAUGGAGGACACCGAGCCUUACUCUCCCGAGCUUCUGACCGCCAUGAUGCGCCUGUGGGCCGACUCCGGCAUCCAGGAGUGCUUCAGCCGUGCCCGCGAGUACCAGCUCAACGACUCCGCCCAAUAUUAUCUAGAUAGUUUAGAUAGGAUUGGUGCUGCAGACUACCAACCCACAGAACAGGACAUCCUGAGGACCCGAGUGAAGACUACUGGGAUUGUAGAGACCCACUUCACCUUCAAGAACCUGCACUUCCGGCUGUUUGAUGUUGGAGGUCAGAGGUCAGAAAGGAAGAAGUGGAUCCAUUGCUUUGAGGACGUGACUGCCAUCAUCUUCUGUGUAGCUCUAAGUGGAUAUGACCAGGUGCUCCAUGAAGAUGAGACCACGAACCGCAUGCACGAGUCCUUGAAGCUUUUUGACAGCAUCUGCAACAACAAGUGGUUCACAAACACCUCCAUCAUUCUUUUCCUAAACAAGAAGGACAUAUUUGAGGAGAAAAUAAAGAAAUCCCCCUUAACUAUCUGCUUCCCUGAGUACACAGGCCCGAACACUUACGAUGACGCGGCAGCUUAUAUCCAAGCACAGUUCGAGAGCAAGAACCGCUCGCCCAAUAAAGAGAUCUACUGUCACAUGACCUGCGCCACGGAUACAGGAAACAUCCAGGUGGUGUUUGACGCCGUCACUGACAUCAUCAUUGCCAACAACCUGCGAGGCUGCGGCUUGUACUGAGCCCCCCCCCCCCCUCGCACUCGAGCCAACCCUUUGGAAAUGAAUAUUAUUGAAAAUGCAAGUUGGUAAAUGAUAAUAAUAAUUUAAAAAUAGGCAUAUACAUAUACAUAUAUAUAAAUAUUAUAUAUAUAAAAAUGUUUUUAGUUUGUCUUUCAAAGAGCUGCCAACAGAACUGAUUUCUUAUAGAAACCCAGCCGUUACGGUUCUAGAACAAAGUUGGGACCCGUUUUCUUUGUUUUUUGUUGUUUUAUGUUUAUUUCCUUCUUUGCUGAUUGGUGUUCUGUUUUCACAUUUCCCACUGUCUUUUAUGUUGUUUUAACUAAACAAUCUUCAUUUUUGUUCUCAAAAUGUCUUUCUUUUACUAUGUUUUUAUGUUUUUGUUUAUUGUAUGUAUAUUUAUUACGUGCAUAUCAGUCAGGGGGCUGACUGGUAACAUGUUUUGCCUGAGUAUACAAUGUUAUGGUAAUGACGCAAUGGCGGGAAAAAAAUACGACAGCUGUAUCCAUGGCUUCGACAGUUAAGCUAGGCAUGAGCACAACAGUUAGCGUGAGUCAAGCCAAACUGCGGUUGUAGCGUUCCCCUGUUCUUCGGGUUUUUAUCAGACUGGGAUUUCGUAAUGAUUCUGGUUCGUUCUGUUCAGCAGCUCCACGUUGUAGAGAAAGGAAACCCCAAGGGUUGCACCCCACAGGCCUCUCUCCUUGUUUUGUUGGGUCUUGUUCACUCUGUUCGUUCCUGUCACUGGAGUAGGCCAGCUAUAUUUGCUGCAUAUGUCUGGGGCCAUAUUGCGUAUGACUGAGCCCACUGACCAGGUCUGAUCUGUGAUAUCGGUGCCAACCUUCUAAGAACGGUGGGUCUGGGAAUAGUUCUCCCAACACUAGGUCGCUAUAAUGAAAAUCUAUUAACACUGUCGUGUAAGGAACCUCUACUUUUUUUUUUUAAAAAAUUUGUUAAUUAAUUUAUUAAUUAAUUUAUUGAUUGUCUGUCCCAUGUACCUCCUUCCCAUUUACCCCAUCCUCCCGAUAGCUCCCCCUGUCCCCGUUCUGUCCUGCCUUCCUGAAUGUCCUGUUUUAGUUGUUCUCCAGGCUGGGUAAUGGAGUCAGUCCUCUCUCACUGGUCCUCUCAAACAUAGCAUGAACCUUCAGCCUUUGUAUGAAGAAAACGCUACCUGCUUCACUUAGAUGAUGUUGAGGAAACAAUAAUAAUAAAACCCACAAAAAAAGGGGGGGCAAAAAAAGACAAAAAAAAAAAAGUAAAAAGGAAAACAAAGAAAAAAACAAGAAAGAUGCACAGCCGCAACGAAAAGAGAGCGUUGGGUACGUUGGGUGGGCGAGGGAGGCGUUUGGGGGCGGGGCUAAGGAAAACCAGCCAAUGAUAUGGUGCCGUAUGGGUGAUGGUCACUGGGCUGCGUGUCUGUAGAAACCUGUAGAUCCAGUCUUCUGGUUCUAGAAUCUUUACAAGUAGACUUAAUCCGAAAAAAACAAACAAACAAUGAUUAUGACAACAAUAACGAUGAUGAUGAUAAUAACAAUAUCGAGGAUGAUCCUGUAAUAUUAUUAAAGGUAUAUUUCUUGUGCUUUGUAGCUGAGGAACUUUUUUUUUCUCUUCCCCCUUUUUUAAAAAAGUUUUUUGCAAGAGUUCCUGCGAUCCACUCUUGAACCAUUCUUACUGACUUACCGUUGAUGUUGAACAGUACCAAUUUUUCCCCCUUUUUUUUUGCCUGUUUGCCCUGCAUUGCAGUGUAUUUACUUAACCCGAAUAACGGUAUAUGUGUCUAUUUUUUUUUUGUUUUGUUUGAUUUUUGGAAGAACCUUUGGUGCGCAGGCCCCACCCCAGUGCUGGAGAGGGCAGGCCGCUGCGCAUGCCUGUACAGAUUUCACGCGCUUUCCCUUCCUCGUGCAUUUUUGUUUUCCUUUUUGGGGAAUUGUACUACUCGAGAUAAAAAGAAAAGAAAAAAAAACCACCCACCUUCCAGGUCUGCAUAGAAAAGCACAGCUCUCACUCAACACACGUAGAUUUGGAAUGAUGUAUCUCCUCUCCCUCUUUCCUGCCUUCUUAGUCUGACUUAUGAGAAAAGAAGACGGAAAAAAAAUAACGAACUGUGUAUAAUGACAUAUACCGGUUAGGCUUUCGGAGUUUCUUUCGUCCUCCCGCCCCUCGGCCCUAGCGUCGGGUUUUCUUUCGUCUUUUUUUUUUCCUCUCCCAGUGAAUGCUUUCUGUGCUGGUUCUUUCUCCCUUCUUUCUCCCUCUUCUUUAGUGAAUGGUUGUUCUUUCAUGUGGGAUGUUCGUGCUGGAAAACCAAUCGAAUGUAGUGUUUACAUUAAAAGCCACAGUUUUCAUGACUACGAAA